GCGUCCAGCAGUGCCAGUCAAUCGCGCGGCGUAGCCACUACUGGCCGAACAGGCAUCCCCGCCCUACAUAUGUCUGCGCGGAUAUGCUGAUCUAACAGCCAGUCCACACCUUUCAUCCUCUACACCAUGGCCGGCGGACAGCUCCUCGACGUCACCCAGGAAAUCAAGCUCGAUCACGACAACGUACGCGAGCUCUUCGAUAGAUACAAGGCGACCAGUGAUGCCAAAAAAAAGAGGGCCAUCGCCAACACGCUCAUCCGCGAGAUGGCCAUCCACUCCGACGCUGAGGAGGUCUCCGUCUACAACGACUACGCGACCGUCGGCCUCAGUGACGUCGCGACACACAACAAGGAGGAUCACGCUGAGGUGAAGAAGCUCGUCUACGCCGCAGACUCGCAUGGCUUUGAUAAGCCCGACUACGACGACGUCCUCGCGAAGGCCGUCACUGCCUUCGACGCCCAUGCGCGUGAGGAGGAGACGGACCAGCACCCGACUCUCCGUCAGAAGCUUUCUGCCGAGGACAAUAACAGAAUCGCGCGCGCGUUUCUCAAGGCACGCACGAUGGUCCCCUCGCGUCCACACCCAUGGGCGCCCCAGACCGGUGGUAUCGCACAGAAGGCUGCGGGCGCGCAGGGCAAACUCCAUGACAAGGUCGUCGAGACCCUGACUGAUCGUGACUUUGUCGACGUCAAGUACACACACCCCGAGUUCUGAGUGCCAUAUUCAUACUCAGAGGUCCUAGGCUCAAGCCGCA